UUGGUGCCGUGUUCUCCGUCGCCGUUGGUCAGUCAUCAUAAUCCUCAUCAUAAUAAUAAUAUUAAAUUAAUAAUUGAUGAUUUUAAAAAGUUUUCGGUGAAUCUUCGACUAUUUCAUCAACUAAUUUGUAUACUGAUCCGUAUGCAAUAAUCAACAAUCAAUUAAAUUAAUCAAUUAAUGAAGUCAACAGCAGCAGCCGUACUUUGGCUGAUUUUAAUAUCAGUAAUUUCCGGUGUAGUAUUCGCCGGCGAUAUAGUUCAUCACGAUGAUAAAUCCCCUACUAGACCUGGCUGUGAUAACGAUUUCGUCCUGGUGAAAGUUCAAACUUGGGUUAAUGACAAAGAAGAAGAUGAAUUUGUUGGUGUUGGUGCACGAUUUGGUCCCACUUUAGAUUCUAAGGAGAAGGAUGCUAACAAAACAAGAGUUGCUUUUGCAGACCCUCCCGACUGUUGUACUACUCCUAGAAACAAGCUUACUGGUGAAGUUAUUCUUGUGCACCGAGGGAAUUGUAGUUUUACGACCAAGGCAAAUGUUGCUGAAGCUGCUGGUGCUUCAGCCAUUCUCAUUAUUAAUAAUAGUACAGAACUCUUCAAGAUGGUGUGCGAGGCAGAUGAACCUUAUGUUGAUAUUGGCAUCCCAGUAGUCAUGCUUCCGCACGAUGCUGGUAAAAGCUUGAAGGGAAGUCUCGGGGAAAAAUUGAAUGUUUUUGUGCAGCUAUUCUCUCCAAGACGCCCAGUGGUUGACGUUGCUGAGGUGUUUUUAUGGCUUAUGGCUGUGGGUACUAUAUUAUGUGCAUCUUACUGGUCUGCCUGGAGUGCCCGGGAAUCAGCCAUUGAGCAGGACAAACUAUUAAAGGAUGCUUCUGACGAUUACUUGAGUAUGGAACCAUCUUAUACCAGUGGAGUGGUAGAGAUCACCACCACAUCGGCUUUUGUGUUUGUGGUGGUUGCUUCGUGUUUCUUAGUCAUGCUUUAUAGGCUGAUGUCGUAUGCGUUUAUCGAGGUCUUAGUUGUCCUAUUUGCCAUUGGUGGUGUUGAGGGCCUGCAAACUUGUUUAGUGGCCGUAUUAUCAUGUAUCAAAUCAUUUGAACAUGCUGCCAAAGCAUUUAUCAACAUCCCUUUUCUAGGAGGGGUAUCACAUUUGGCACUAGUUGUUUCUCCAUUCUGUGUGAUAUGUGCUGCUGUAUGGGCUGCUUAUCGCCGGCACCAUUUUGCUUGGAUAGGGCAAGAUAUACUUGGUGUUGCGCUGAUAAUCACAGUAAUCCAGAUAAUACAAGUGCCUAAUCUCAAGGUGGGAACAGUUCUCCUCAGCUGUGCUUUCUUGUAUGAUAUAUUCUGGGUGUUCGUUUCUAAAUGGAUGUUUCAUGAAAGUGUUAUGAUAGUGGUAGCUCGUGGAGAUAAGAGUGGAGAAGAUGGCAUUCCAAUGCUACUGAAAAUACCACGAAUGUUUGAUCCUUGGGGUGGCUACAGUAUCAUCGGAUUUGGUGACAUCAUUUUACCGGGAUUAUUAGUAGCCUUUUCAUUAAGGUAUGAUUGGUUGUCCAAUAAGAGCCUGCGAGAGGGAUAUUUCUUAUGGACGAUGAUUGCUUACGGAUUAGGUCUGCUUAUAACAUAUGUUGCCUUGAACUUGAUGGACGGACAUGGUCAACCAGCAUUGCUUUACAUCGUUCCUUUUACAAUAGGCACAUUUAUUACAUUAGGAGCAAAGCGAGGUGAUCUAAGAGACCUUUGGACAAGAGGCGAACCUGACAGAAUUUGCCCGCAUGUGCAACUCCAACCUUCCGCAGAGUAAACUAGUUUGCCUUAAAGUGUAAUUUGCAACACAAAUCUUACUUUAUAGAUGAUACAAUCUUUAUCAAGAGUUGAACAGUCGAAUCUGGAACCAUAUACAACUUAAACUACAAGAGGUCUAACUCAUUAAUGCGCUAGUCAUCCAAUUUGGGACACCAAUAUUCUAUUCUACAAGGUAAGACCUUUAUGGCAAAGCAGAAACUGUAUAUGGUUAUGGAUUUGUUUGUACACGGUUUAGAAGAAUUUUUUAUUUUUGGAGUAACAUCUUUAUCGAAAAUGUAAGUAGAGAAAUUUAGAGCAGUAAUAUAACAGGAAUUUGUUGUACAUAUUGCACUGGAAGUUGAUUACUGGUAUAGAGUUUGCUCAGUUGUGCUCUUGGGCAUUAGCCUUCAUUGUAUUGAAAUGACAAAUUGGAAACAAAAGAUGUCUCUUCUAUUCUUUACAGUCA